GUAUAUGUAGAGCUGUUCCACAUCAGGGCCUGCACGGUGUACACUGUGCAAAAUUUUAUCAACAAUGGCGACCGUACUGAACACUAUUUCUUCAAUUAGGUUCUUGAACCGUACGGGCGACCAUCUACGUACCAAUAAGCUUCUGGCAUCCACUUCUGUUUCCCUCACCCGACGAACACUUGUAAUCAGAGCAGCAGAAACUGAUACUAGUGAAGCAGUUAAAUCUCAAGCUCCGGAUAAGGCACCGGCUGCUAAUGGUUCGAGCAUCAACCAGUUGCUUGGCAUAAAAGGAGCGGCUCAGGAAACGAACAAAUGGAAGAUUCGCCUUCAACUUACAAAGCCUGUGACAUGGCCUCCAUUGGUCUGGGGAGUGGUCUGUGGAGCUGCAGCUUCUGGAAACUUUCACUGGAAUCUAGAGGAUGUUGCCAAGUCAAUUGUUUGCAUGAUAAUGUCUGGUCCAUGUUUGACAGGCUACACACAGACACUUAAUGAUUGGUAUGAUCGAGACAUUGAUGCAAUCAAUGAGCCUUACCGUCCAAUUCCAUCAGGAGCAAUUUCUGAGAAUGAGGUUAUAACCCAAAUUUGGUUGCUGCUUCUUGGAGGCCUCUGUUUGGGUGGUUUGUUAGAUGUGUGGGCAGGGCAUAAUUUUCCUGUUGUCUUUUACCUUGCUCUUGGUGGAUCCUUGCUGUCAUACAUAUAUUCAGCUCCUCCUCUGAAGCUCAAACAGAAUGGAUGGAUAGGAAAUUUUGCUCUGGGAUCAAGCUAUAUCAGUUUACCAUGGUGGGCAGGUCAAGCUUUAUUUGGGACACUUACACCCGACGUAGUUGUUCUUACACUAUUGUACAGCAUAGCUGGGCUGGGUAUUGCCAUCAUUAAUGACUUCAAGAGUAUUGAAGGGGAUAGAGCACUGGGCCUGCAGUCACUGCCAGUAGCUUUUGGCAUUGAUACUGCUAAAUGGAUUUGCGUCGGAGCCAUAGACAUUACUCAGUUAGCUAUUGCUGGUUAUUUGAUAGGAGUGGAUAAACCAUAUUAUGCCUUGGCACUACUAGCUCUGAUUAUUCCUCAAGUGUUUUUCCAGUUUCAAUAUUUCUUGAAGGACCCAGUUAAGUAUGAUGUGAAGUAUCAGGCUAGUGCACAGCCAUUUCUGGUGCUGGGACUUCUGGUGACUGCCUUAGCAACAAGUCAUUGAGCUCUCUGCACGUUAAUGGU